AGGGCAAGACGGAAUGCCGCUACCAGUCGUGUCAGGGCCGUCGCGAAGGAAUUUCUGCUACGGGUUGCCACAAAAAACACAACUAGAAGGAAUCAACCAUUCUCUGGCGUGUAACGGUGCGCCUAUUAUGCGCGGCGUUCCACCAUCUUAGGGCUUGUGAAGACCUUCUCACUCGUCAAGCCAGCGUCGAGAUGCCUCUUCUCACGCGUUUUGUCUUUUCUUUCACCUCCGACCGCAUCCUUGCCACCUCCUCUUUGUCGAUUGAAUUCUAUUUAUCUCCCGCGCUGCUAGCACGGCAUACGAGCGGCCUUCUGGCUGCUGGCGUACGACAAUUCGACAGCGGUACUGCGCCACUAACGAGAAGGAUGAAGAUGUCGCCGUCGCCCACGCAAAUGAUAGUGUCUGGCCCUCUCCGACUGGUCAAAGUGACCCUCCCUCAAGCAUAGGGCUCAACACGGAUCGUUCGUAUACGGCACGCACACACUGAAAUUUGUAGACGCUGUCAACCAGCGCUCCUUGCGCAUUGACUUGUGCUGGCGCACCGAAUCCCGUGAAGGACUCGUGUUGACGAGGUACCUCCUUCUCUUGAUUAUCUCGGACGCCCCCGCGCCCCCUUCGCCGUUUCGGCGCUUGACGCUCUUCGCGCGCCUAACGCCUAACAAUCGCUGUUCUCGUUCAGUACGCUCGGGCGAUGCGAAGGGGCGGCCAAAUGACAGAAGACGAAACCUGUCUCACAAGAUACGCCUUAUUACGCAUACUCCUGG